AUCACGUGGGAGAGGCUCGUGUCGUUCUCGUUUUGUCGUUUCUAUCAAAUUUGAUUUCUUCAAACUCAUCAAAAGUCGCACUUUAGGUGCAUUCAUUAGAGUGGGCGAUCGUUGAGUUCAUCAUCGAUCGACCAACACUGAUAUGUGGGCCGAUUCUGACGAUGUCGAUGAAUAUGAGAGCCUACCAACUGACAAGGUCUCCACGUAUCUCAUGGCUGGAGCUAUGGCAGGAAUUGGCGAGCACUGCGUUAUGUAUCCUGUGGACAGCGUGAAGACCCGAAUGCAAAGUCUGAAACCAAACCCUGAAGCGACAUAUCGAAAUAUAUUUGAUGCCUUCUACAAGAUAAUCCGAUAUGAAGGUCUGUGGCGACCUGUGCGGGGCAUCAAUGCUGUCGCUGCCGGUGCCGGCCCAGCUCAUGCACUCUACUUUGCAUGUUACGAGAAAAUCAAGAAACGUCUUGCUCACGGAUCGUCGGGGAACAAUUCGCUGAGGAAUGGUUUAGCUGGUGCAACAGCAACUAUUUUCCACGAUGCCAUCAUGAACCCAGCAGAGGUUGUGAAGCAGCGCAUGCAGGUGUACGGUAGUCCGUACUGCACGGUCAGCAGCUGCGUGAAGGACGUGAUGUGGCGCGAGGGCCCGCGCGCGUUCUACCGCUCCUACCCGACGCAGCUCGUCAUGAACAUCCCGUUCCACGCGCUGCACUUCGCCACGUACGAGUGCAUGCAGGAGCUGAUGAACGAACACCGCGAGUACAACCCACUGACGCACGGCGCGUCGGGCGCCGUCGCCGGCGGAAUCGCCGCCGCCGCAACGACGCCCCUCGACGUGUGCAAGACGCUGCUCAAUACGCAGGAGGACGGUGCGGUGGCGCACCGGCACCGGCUCGUGCGCGGACUCGUCGACUCGAUUCGCACCGUGUACGAGAUGCAAGGCUUCGCCGGGUUCUUCCGCGGCCUUCCCGCACGCGUCGUCUUCCAGAUGCCGGCGACGGCGAUCGCGUGGUCCGUAUACGAGUUCUUCAAAUACACGAUCGCGCAGAAUCGCGCGGUCGGCGGCGGCGGCGGCGGCGGGGUUGACACGGCGUAUCUCAGCCCCGCAGACAUCCACAGCACGUUGCGCGUGCGGACUAUAGCGAUGGCGGCAAGCGCGGAUAAGAAGUCGUGAGCGUGGCGAUACAGGUGUUCGGUGCCCCCUGACGUGGGCGAGCUAUGGCUAGAGGCCCUUGCAGAGGUGCUGUGGAUGGCAGUACUAGAGAGACUGCAGACCUGUGGUGUUCAGAACCAGAUAGAAGAAAUGCUGUGGGUGAC